AUGGACGAAAUCGAGGAACUUAAAGCCAUCCUUAGAGAGCGCAAGGCACUGGAAAAAGAGCUAGACGAGGCCGAAGAGGAAGCACGACGAGCCGCAGCCGCUGCUGCUGCUGCAGGAGGAGGGGGAGAAGCGGGCGGUGCGGGAGGAUCGGCGGAGAUUGGGGAAGACGGGUUGACGGCGGAGCAGCGCGCGGAGCGGAAGGCGGAGAAGCUGCGGGAGCUGCUGGCGAAGCGGGCGCAGGAGCAGGCGGAGAAGCGGCGCGAGGCGGCGGAGCUGUUCGCGUUCGGGCAGCAGGCGUACGGGCGCGGAGUGUACGACAAGAGCGUCGCGAUCCUCGAGCAGGCUCUGGGGAACGUGGAGUUCACGUCGAAACUAGCCGGAGAGAUCCAACUCUGGCUGGCCAUGGCAUAUGAUGCCAACGGGCAGCGCCCUGAAUGUCUAGCUUUGUACCGCAAGCUGGAGAGCAACCACCCCAUGCCCGCCAUUCGCAACCAGGCCGCUAACAUGCGGUAUAUCGCGGAGGCGCCCAAGCUCAAGCUGUCCCCCGAUGAGAUCCUCAAAGUGCCCAUUCUAGACAAGGAUAACAACAGCUCUGGGCGCACUUGGAGUCAGAUGGUGACUGAGAGACGGCCCAAGCGCAUCAAGAAACUCAAAAACUCGGGGUCGAGGGACUAUAUGGAUGACCUUAUGUCCUUUAAGCCUCCCAGCUUCACGUCUCGGCUCUCAGCUGACCUCAGCAGCGUCUUCCCCUCCCCCAUCAACCACGUGCUCGUGAACGAGUACCAUGAGGGACAAGGCAUCAUGGAAGGACAGGGCAUCAUGCAACCAGCAUGGCUGCAGCACUUCUCAUCUCACCUCUCAGCUGACCUCAGCAGCGUCUCCCCCUCCCCCAUCAACCACGUGCUCGUGAUUGAGUAUCAUGAAGAGCAGGGCAUCUUGGACGGCCCGGCCUACUUCCCCUGCGUGGCCAUACUCUCUCUCGGCCUGCCUGGAACCAUGGCGUUCUCUCCGCACCAGAGGCUGCUGGAAGGCAACAGGGAGGGCAGCAGAGAGAGCAGCGAGGGUGCUUGUGAUGGGGCUUUGGCUUUGCUGGAGGAAAGGGGAGAGGAGAGGGAGGGUGGAGCUGAAAGGGCGGAAGUUGGGAAGGAUGGAAUGGGACAAGCAGAGGCAGGCGAGCGGGGAUUGUCAGGCGAUGCAGUGGUGAUGAUGCAGGAGAGUGUGGCUUUGCCUCCUCGAAGCCUGCUGGUGUUUAAGGAUCAAGCAUACACAGGUGAGCUGGUUUGGUGCGGAGAUAGUGUGUGGUUUUACCUUCCGGGGCAACUCGAGAGGGGAGUGGAGUGGUGA